AUGAUAGGUGAUGACACCCACCAGAUUCCUGUGGAAAAUUUUGAGCAGGCAGAUGGAAACUACACCGGCCUGUGGAUCCACAUUGAGAACUUUAUCAACCCGAAUGGAGAACUGUCCGAACACCCACCCCUCUACUGUCUGGGAGCGGGUGAAAACUAUGAUGCAGUUGAGCGGUGCCUGGAAUGGAUCCAUGGAAAGGCAAGACUUGGUGCGCCUAAUCGCAUACGGAAGGUGUACGAGAUUGAGGGCCUUUUCCAGGAGCUGCAUGCCCACGUGGGCAAUCAGGUGUCCAAGGCCUUGUUGAUCCAGUCCCUCACAUCCUCCGACUGGGACUAUGAGCCAAACACCAAGUGUAAGUACCAUGAUGAGAAGGAAGUGAAAGACUGCUCCCUGGGAAUAGUGAAGAGAUAUGCGUAUGCCAUUUCUGACUCACUGUGUAAGGAUUACGACGUUCAGCUGACAAGGGCACACAUACCUGCACGUGAGGACACAGGCCGAGUUACAGUCCUGUCCCCCUCCAGCAUGCCUGUGUGCAAUAAACAGGAGGCUAGACUUGCACCAAAGAAUGACACCAUCUUCGUUGCCAAAAAGCAGAUUCCAGAAACACAGGACUAUACAGCGCUCCGUAGACCAAAUAAUCCUCAAGCUUCCAAUUUUCUCAUGGGGAAUAGUAUACAGGAGGACUAUGCUCCCAGGGGCAGGGGACUCACUGUUGGAAUGCGUGACAUGAGCCUCCAGGAGCCAAGGCCUGUAGGAAGAGGGGCUGCACCUUCUUGUCACAUUGCUGCCCCUCCUACCAUAUUUCAGGGUAACCCAGGCCUACCAAUACAGCAGCCCCUUGGUCUUGGGCGGGGAAUGAUAGCCUGCCCUUCGCUGUCUCAGAGGAUGUCACAACCCCCAGGAAUGCCGGCUCACCAGUAUUAUGGUGAUGAUGAUGAUGAUGUUGAUGAUAUGCCCCAAGUAGCUCCUGUCAAGCUUCCCUCACGGAUAAUACCUGCCGUUGCCAUCCCAGCCAAUCAAACCUCUAAACCCAUUUCCCAGAAUUCCAACCCUGGCAAUGUGCCACGUCAGUCAGCAGUAAAUGGUGCAGGGGAUGAUCCAUUCUUUGGAGCUGUGGGAGUCGGAAGACGAGGGAUUCUGGAAUUGUUGAUGACGCAGGGGAGAAGGGCAGGGGUGCCUGUGGGACGGGGGUAUGCCCCUCCUGACUGGGUUGAUGAUGGCAGCCUUGGUCCCAUCCGGAGACCUGACAUCUGAUCUGAGAAUGUUCACCGUUGGUUUUCUGACAAAGUGGAAUGGUUGAUACCGCUACAAGUUAUAAAAGCAGUGGUCGUCCUCAUUGGACAAUUGUUUUUUGUUUUUCUUUCAAUUAAGAUCUAAUUACUAUUCAUACAAGUGACUUUCAGUAUUAGAUGGGACAUUUAUUUUGGUUUCAUUAGUUUGAUGAGUCCAUGGUGAUUUGAAUCAAUCAAACUGGAACACUGUUCUAGAGAGAUUACAAGUAUAUGUUUUGAUUUUUAAAUGUGAAAUGGUGAAAAGUGUUUUAUGGAUCAGUUGUAUCACAAGUAAAGGAAGCCUAUGUGAAUA